AUUGAAUGUUACGUGCAGACUUGCAUACGGUUUUAAACUCACACGAAGUAACGUAAACAUUAAAUAGCGGUAUAAAGGGAUUAUUUAUUGCCAGUUUUCAACAGUGCUUCAAAAUGGGAAACAACGAAUCGUCAUUUCCAAUCCUUUCAAUGACACGGGAGAGAAUCAUCAUUGUUACAGGCGCAAACAGGGGAAUAGGUUACGAAAUCGCCAAGUGGUGCGCCAUGAUGGGGGCAACCGUCAUACUUGCGUGUCGAUCCGAAUCGCGAGCCAGGGCAGCCAUUGAAAAUAUGAACACUGAAUUUCAAAAUGAAAAACGGAAGGAAAACUGUUAUUUGACGCAGAGUUCUUCUUUAGCUCUGGAAUUUAUGUAUGUGGAUCUUUCAUCUUUCGAAUCAGUGGUGAGUUUCUGCGAAGCCUUCAAGACAAGCGGUCGCAGGCUUCACGUCUUAUUCUGUAAUGCCGGUGUGGGUUAUUUACCAUAUCAGAAGACUGAUAACGGAAUGGAAAUGAUGCUGCAAGUGAAUUAUCUCAGUCACUUUGUGAUGAUCGGAAAACUUCUUCGUGUUAUGAAGCAAUCCGGACCAGACUGUCGAAUUCUGCUAAUGUCAGGUUUUACGAAAAAUGUCGCGAUCGAUCUCAAGAACAUUAACUAUUCUGGAUCACCGAGAAAAUUUAAUAGCAUACUUUACUACAUCAGAACUAAGCUAUACCAACAAAUGCAAACUGAAGCAAUGAGUCAUAGGAUUGCUCGGUAUAACGUCACUAUAAAUUGCAUUAAAUUAGGUAUUACUAACACCGACUUUUAUAGUCACUAUGAAGUUCCAUGCUGUUUUUGUGAGUUUAGAUGUCUCCUUGAGUCUACUCGAACACCAUUCCAAAGUUCCAAAUGUCCCAUUGACCUGGCAGUGAAUCCUCAGCACAGCGGUGUCAAUGGUAGGUUUUGGUUCGACAGUAAGAUUGUAAAAUUUCCUAAAUAUGUUGCGCGCAUCGAGCAAAACAGGGAAAUACUUUGGGAAACUACGGUUGAUCUUGUGCGACCGUAUCUAACGGAUGAAGAAAUACUUGAGAUAAAUGGGGAGAUUUGUGAUACACACUUAUAAAGAACCGCAUCAUGUGUUAGUGAUAAAUUAAGGACAUCAAGUUCUACCGUAGUGAUCAUGCUGUAAUUAUAUUGUCAUUAGAUUAUUUUAUGGGCGAGUUGAUUUACUUUUGUGUAUGGAAUUAUCUGUAUAAUACUGCCGAUAAGUUGUCGUUUAAAAACGAGAUAGGAAAGAGAACAGGAUGGACAAAGAACGAAAGGAACUGUCAAACGGCACUGUCACAUUUGAGACAUUACUAUACAGUAAAUAUAUGCCAGUUGUACACGAUACUAUUAUAUUACGAAUUUACUUUUAACCUACUAUCAUGUUAAUUAACCUGACAUGUAUGUAUGACAUGUACAUUAAAAUAAAAUGGCUCUGUUUUCAUUAAA